AUGGCAGCGUCCGAUCAACAAGCCGCAGUGCUGGCCGCGGCGCUGGCUCAGAUGAUGGCAGUGGUGCAGGCGCAACCGGUGCAGCAUUUUUGGGCGCUCACAAUAUCGGCAAGCCUGCAGCAGCUGGUUGACCUGGAGCAGCAGCACGGCGGCAUUUUCAACGCCAUCCACAUAGCAACGGCGUUCACGCGAUCGGCGCACCUGAUCCGCGACCAGGGGCUGCCGUCCAGAUGCUUCCAUCCUCUCAUGCAGCGGCUGUGGGUGCGGCUGCAGCCGCAGCUUGGUUACUGCAAGACGCGUGAGCUCUCCAACAUCGUGUGGGCGUGCGGCAAGGCGGCGUUUGCAGAGGCACCGCUGCUUGACGCCUGCCUGGACCAGCUUGCCAGUGCGGCAGCGGAGACCAACGCACAGGGGCUUGCGAACGCACUAUAUGCAGCAUCUGUGCUGUCACCUCACGGAUACAGCAUUGAUAAGCAGCAGGCGCAGCAGCUGGUGGGAGCCUUGGUGCAGCAGCGGCAGGCGGCAACACCCCAGGCCAUGUCCAACACGCUGUGGGCGGCAGCCACCAUGGGGCUGACGCUGCCAGAUCAGCAGGCGCAGCAGCUGGUGGAGGCGUUGGUGCAGCAGCAGCAGAACCUGGCCAACACGCUGUGGGCGGCGGCCACCAUGGGGUUGACGCUUCCAGAUCAGCAGGCGCAGCAGCUGGUGGCAACCUUGGUGCAGCAGCGGCAGGCAGCAACACCGCAGAACCUGUCCAACACGCUGUGGGCGGCAGCCACCAUGGGGCUGACGCUGCCAGAUCAGCAGGCGCAGCAGCUGGUGGCAGCCUUGGUGCAGCAGCGGCAGGCAGCCAGUCCGCAGGCCGUGUCCAACACGCUGUGGGCGGCGGCCACCAUGGGGCUGACGCUGCUGGAUCCGCAGGCGCAGCAGCUGGUGGCAGCCUUGGUGCAGCAGCGGCAGGCGGCAACACCGCAGAACCUGGCCAACACGCUGUGGGCGGCGGCCACCAUGGGGCUGACGCUCCCAGAUCAGCAGGCGCAGCAGCUGGUGGCAGCCUUGGUGCAGCAGCGGCAGGCGGCAACACCGCAGAACCUGUCCAACACGCUCUGA